CUCCUACUUUCGAGUCAUUCGGUGGUACUUCCAGUGCCGACUUAACGCUUCAGCAGAGUAACGCAAGUACCACAAGUACUACAUAAUCAUUACCAAUCGCUGUUUAUUAAACAAUUCUUCAGUUGUAAUCAUUGUUAUUCAAUCUAAUGAGUUUUCGCCGUAACUCGUUCGUACGUUUCAGUGAUAGUUUUCGAUGAAAUUGGUGUUGACAUGACUGGGAAAAUUGAGAAAAUGCUGCGUACCGUACACUGAGAACCCUGUGAUUUAUUCAAAGUGAACAAUAAGUUUUCAUUAAUCUCUGUUAUUACGUAUAGUCGGAUUCUAGUUGAAGUCAACCGGUAAGUAAAAAAACGAUGUAUGGAAAACGCCUGUCGAUAGUGACGGCGUCAUUGGCUGUGAUAAAUAUUUGUACCUGUGCAAACAUUCUCAUGAUAACCAUGGGUGGGACAAAAUCUCACAAAAUUCCCUUCUGGGAAUUGGCAAGAGGGCUGAUUCCACGAGGACACAACAUCACUUUCAUGAGCGCCUUUCCUGCUGAUUUUCUUCUUCCUGGUUUAGAAGAGAUAUCACCUGCAGAACUGGUGUUUUACGUCCGAAAUUUCACCAACUGGGACUUAGUGGGAGCUAGGAUGAAGGGAGACGAUCCGGUUCACCCACUGGAUAUGAUUAGAUACGGAUAUGAGAGUUGCGACGUCUUUCUCUCUGACCCAGAAACAAAAGGUUUUCUUUAUCAGCAGAAGAAAUUCGACCUACUUAUCCUUGAUGGAGCCUUUCCAGAGUGUGCUCUGGGAUUCGUACAUCAUUUCAACGUCCCCUUCAUGUAUAUCAACACAGUCGGAUUCUAUACCGGCUCUCUUUCUCUGGCUGGCAACCCAACACCAUAUUCGGUAACCCCUUUUCUGGCAUAUGCCGCUACAGAUGAAAUGAAUUUGUAUCAGCGAACUAGAAACACAAUAUGGCACCUGGCUGGAAAUGUUAUGCACUCUGUUAUGGUGCGAUGGACAAUGCAGGAUAUCGUCAGGAAACAUUUUGGAAGUGACACGCCACCAAUUUACGAACUGUCAAAAAACGUCAGCUUUAUUCUGCAAAAUGGACAUGCUACAAUGACAUAUCCAAGGCCGUAUCUUCCUAAUGUGGCUGAAAUAGCCUGUAUUCAUUGUAAGAGGGCAAAGUCAUUACCACAAGACCUUGAAGAGUUCAUCAGGGGUUCGGGUGAAGCAGGAUUCAUUUACUUCAGCAUGGGGUCCUCAGUGAAGGCUGCCAACAUGCCCAUCUACUUGAGAAAAAUGCUCAUGAUGGUCUUUAGGAGCCUACCUCAAAGGGUAUUAUGGAAAUACGAAGCUGCUGACAAUAUGUCCGAUUUACCAGCGAAUGUAAAACUUGGAAAAUGGUUGCCACAACAAGAUAUUUUGGGUCAUCCAAAAUUGAGAGCUUUCGUCACUCACGGCGGCCUCCUCAGCAUGUUCGAAACUGUUUUUCAUGGAGUUCCAAUUGUUUCACUCCCAGUUUUCUGCGAUCACGACUCGAACGCGGCCAAAGCGGAAGACGAUGGCUACGCUUUGAAACUAGAUUUAGGCUCACUCACCGCUGAAAAACUUCUAUGGGCCAUUAGAAAAGUCAUCCGUGACCCCAAAUACCGGGAAGAAGUGAAAAAGCGACAAUAUCUGCUGCUAGAUCAGCCUGUAACUCCACUGCAAAGAGCAGUUUAUUGGACUGAAUACGUUUUGAGACAUCGGGGCGCUAAACAUCUACAGUCACCUUCAAGAAAUCUGGGAGUCAUACAAUAUUACUUACUGGAUGUAGCGGCUUUGUUAUUCGCCAGUUUAGUGUUACUGUAUUACGUUGUGAAAUAUGCUCUCAAAUCUCUUGUUCACUAUUUUGUUACAAGUAGUGUUAACGCAGGAAGUGCAAAAAAUUUAAAAAUUGAUUGACAUUGUUAUUUGCUUAACUAUUGUGUUCAUUUGUAAAUAAAUGUUAUUUCUUCA